UAAGCAAGGCCGGAAGCCGUAUUGGGCUAUGCUAUGUUUGAAAUUGUUUAUCACAGUUUAGAGAGAAAGAACGAGAAAGAGAGAGAGAAUGUCGUCGACGUUGCUGGAAGUGACUCGGGCAGCACACGAGGAGGUGGAGCGGCUGGAGAGGGUGAUAGUGAAAGACCUUCAGAAUGAACCUACUUCCAACAAGGACCGUUUGUUUCAGAGCCACCGCGUUCGUAAUAUGAUCGAUACCAUCACUUCCACCACUGAAAGACUCAUUGAGAUUUACGACGACAAUGACAAUGCAAGAAAGGAUGAAAUUGCUGCACUCGGAGGCCAAACCGCUACUGGAAUCAAUGUUUUUAGUGCCUUCUACGAUAGACUCAAAGAGAUACGUGAGUAUCAUCGGAAGCAUCCAGUUGCACGUGUUGUUGAUGCUAAUGAUGAUUUUGAAGCUCUUCUUAAAGAGGAACCUCAAAUUGAGUUCAGUGGAGAGGAAGCUUUUGGUCGAUACUUAGACAUGCAUGAAUUAUACCAUCAGUAUGUCAAUUCUAAAUUUGGUGAGCCAAUUGAGUAUUCGGCAUACCUUGAUGUUUUUUCGGAAACAGAUAAGGUUCCACGAAAAAUGAAAACGACGAGGCAGUACAGGGAGUACUUGGGGAAUCUGUUAGAGUAUCUGAUAUAUUUUUUCCAGCGGACAGAACCCCUGCAAGAUCUCGAUCGAAUCUUUUCAAAGGUAACAGCCGAGUUUGAAGAAAAUUGGGCUAGUGGAAUGGUUCAAGGGUGGGAGAAUGACAAUCAGGAAAAUGGACAUGUAGCUAGUCAGCACACUGCAAUUGAUCUUGAUUAUUACAGUACAGUUGAAGAGCUUAUGGAAGUGGGUCCUGAAAGGUUAAAGGAGGCACUGGCUGCAUUGGGACUUAAGAGUGGUGGCACUGUUCAGCAACGUGCAGAGAGGCUCUUCCUCACAAAGCAUACACCUCUUGAAAAGUUGGACAAGAAGCAUUUUGCCAAGGGGGCACAUGGUUUAGAAAAAAAUGGGGUUGCUGCUGCUUCACAAGAAGGAAAUUUAAAAGAAAUUGCAUUAAUGGAGGCCAAAAUGAAUAAACUGUGUGAUUUGUUAGACGAGACAAUUGCUCGAACAAAAGACAAUGUUAUAAAGAAGCAAGCCUUAACUUAUGAGGAAAUUGAAGCAGAACGUGAGGAGGAAGAGACACAAGAGGAUUCUGAAAGCGAAGAUGAUGAGCAGCAGAUUUAUAAUCCCUUAAAAUUACCAAUGGGAUGGGAUGGGAAGCCUAUACCUUAUUGGCUGUAUAAGCUACAUGGUCUUGGUCAGGAAUUUAAGUGUGAGAUUUGUGGGAACUACAGUUAUUGGGGGCGUCGUGCUUUUGAACGACAUUUUAAAGAAUGGCGUCAUCAACAUGGGAUGCGGUGUCUUGGUAUUCCAAAUACAAAGAACUUCAAUGAAAUCACAUCAAUUGAGGAAGCAAAGGAGCUCUGGAAGAAGAUACAGCAGAGACAAGGAGUGAACAAGUGGCGCCCAGAUCUCGAGGAAGAGUAUGAAGACAAAGAAGGCAACAUCUAUAAUAAGAAGACAUACACUGAUUUACAACGCCAGGGACUGAUAUGAAAACAAAGCAACUUCGAAGAAUCUUCUUUCCAAUUCUUCUUAGUAAAAGGAGAGAAAAAAACAUGUUUUUACCUCAUUUAUGAAGUAGAAGCAAUUUGUUUUCGGUAGGGUUAAUAGGGGAACGGUUGCAUCUUAACAAAAUAUUUAGCACUACCAAGGAGGAGAGUGGGGAUAGACAAGGAGCCAUAUUUUGUGAAACACAGAUUCUCAUCGCUGUCGCAUUGUACCGAUUAUUAUAGGUUUCUGAGUGAUACUACCCAACUGAUGUCUUUCUUUAAUUGGAGUUUAAUGGAAUUUACUUUUUGCUA